AUGGCUAGGCUCUGUGCUUUCCUGAUGGUUCUGGCUGUGAUGAGCUACUGGUCAACCUGCUCUCUAGGAUGUGACCUGCCUCAGACUCAUAAACUCAGGAACAAGAGAGCCUUGACACUCUUGAUACAAAUGAGGAGACUCUCCCCUCUCUCCUGCCUGAAGGACAGGAAGGACUUUGGAUUCCCCCAGGAGAAGGUGGAUACCCUGAAGAUCCAGAAAGAGAAAGCCAUCCCUGUCCUAAGUGAGGUGACCCAGCAGAUCCUGAACAUCUUCACAUCAAAGGAUUCAUCUGCUGCUUGGGAUGCAACCCUCCUAGAUACAUUUUGUAAUGACCUCUACCAGCAGCUCAAUGACCUGCAAGCCUGUCUAGUGCAGCAGGUGAGGUUGCAGGAACCUCCUCUGACCCAGGAAGUCUCCCUGCUGGCUGUGAGGAAAUACUUCCACAGGAUCACUGUGUACCUGAGAGAGAAGAAACACAGCCCCUGUGCCUGGGAGGUGGUCAGAGCAGAAGUCUGGAGAGCCCUGUCUUCCUCUGCCAAUGUGCUGGGAAGACUGAGAGAAGAGAAAUGA